AUGGGAGAAGUUGAAGUGAUAUCCACAUGCUUUGUUGGAGCGGAAAGAUCAAAUGGUGUGUCAAGAAGAGUUGAGUUAACACCAUGGGAUCUGCAGUUCCUUCAAGUUGGCCCCAUCCAGAAAGGCCUUCUCUUCUACAAGCCCACCCUUGUUCAACAACAACAAUUCUUCAAUUCCAAUUUGAUUCAUCACUUGAAAACCACUCUCUCUUCCACCCUAGAUUUCUAUCCUCCCCUUGCCGGCCGCUUUGCCAUGGUGAUGAAUGAAGAGGACAACACUUGUAGUGUUUAUGUUGAUUGUAACAAUGCAGGUGUUGCGUUUGUAGAAGCCAAGGCUAGUGGCCUCACGGUGGCUGCAAUUCUUGAUCAGUCCAACAAUAAUAAUAAUAAUAAUGUUCCUGAGAUACUCCGGUGUUUCUUCACCCUCAAUGGCAUUCUCAACCGCGACGGGAUCUGCAAGGCUCUGAUGGGAGUGCAAGUAACUGAGCUUCUCGACGGCUACUUCAUCGGCUGCACAUUGAAUCACAGCCUCGGAGACGGCGCUUCCUUUUGGAAUUUCUUUAACUCAUGGGCUGAAUUAUCACGCGGUUUUCUUCAACCUUCAAUAACUCCCAUCCAUCAACGCUGGUUUCCAGGCAACACUACCUGCCCAAUUCAUCUCCCUCCGUUGAUUGAGAGCCCUGAAAGGCUAUCGCUGGAUGGUUUCAAGCUAACAAAAAGGAUGUUCCAUUUGAGCAAAGAAAACAUUGGUAGGCUGAAACAAAAAGCCAACUCUGAAAUGGGAACUAAAACUAUCUCUUCCCUGCAGUCAUACAUGGCUCAUCUCUGGCGAGCUGUCACUCGCGCUCGCCACCUUCAUAGUAAUGAAGAUGUUCAUCUUGUUGUUGGUAUCGGUACGCGAGCCAGGAUGGGUCUACCAGGAGGGUAUUGGGGAAACGCUGUUUUCUUCAUUAAAGAGACGCUUAAAGCAGGGGACGUUUUAGGGAAAGGACUGGGUUGGGUAGCUUGGCAGAUUAAGAAAGCUGUUGAAAAGCAUAGCCAUGAAGAAGAAGUAAGGAAAAUGUAUAUGAAGUUUGUAAAAUCUCCGGCGCUCAUUGGGGCCGAGACAUCAGGCUCGCCUAAUACACUGGGCAUCAGCAGCUCUCCGCGGUUCGACGUGUACGGCUCUGAUUUCGGGUGGGGGAAACCAGUUGCAGUGAGGACCGGUGCAGUCAAUAAGCUUGACGGAAGAGUGGCGCUAUUUGGUGGAUGUGAAGAAGGGAGUGUAGAAAUGGAGCUCUCCAUUCAUCCCCAAACAUUACUUGGACUAGAAAACGAUCCCCAAUUCUUGGACUACUUCACAAUUCCAGGAAACUAA